CACGACUUCCAACAAACACUCCAUCUUAAACCUUGCAGCCUCGACAAAUAGACCAGCUAUCGCUUUGCUUGAGUGCAGUGCAGAUGUCGCGCGAACCAACACAACAACAGUUUUCGUGUCGCCGAUAAGUGCGAAUACUCACAUCUUCUGCGCCCAACGCUUUGUUCUGCUACGAACUUCAAGCCUCACCCACCAAAGAUGGCUACCCCGCGCUACCUCACAGCGCAGAAGAUCAGCCUUCUUGUUCUGACUCGUCUUUACUGCAGUUCAAGUCUUCCUUAUUCCGCUACGAUACCCAUACUUUCCUUCAUCUUGUCAAACAAUCUACCCCCAGCACAAUCCAGCGCUCGGCCACAGCGCUCUGCCACUUCCAAUCAACAAGAUACAUCUUUCUCAAUCGAUGCCUUUGAAGAUGUGCUGUCGGAACAUGCGUCAAACAUGCCGGGCAGAACUCUUCUCGAUCUCUUUCUCAAGCACAUGUGGGAAAUGAACUCCUUCGAUGCCCUCCACGCGCUGUUCGACAGUAUCCUGGAUCUGGUUACUCCACCGCCACCCGGCUCACAAGACGAAGAGUCGCUAGAUCGGAUCUAUCUUUCCAAGACAUCUCCUCUUGGAGCGUUCGUCCGUAGGGCACAUCUGGAGUUUACAAGGCUACAGUUUGAUGAUUCGAUGAAGCUCUGGUCUUCGUUCAUCAGGUACAGGGCCCCAACAGCCCAAUGGACAAAGAGGUUGGCUGGCCUCGCGUCAGGUGGCGUGGACAUGGUGGUGUCUGAGAUGGGCCUGCAAGGUGGCGAUGAUGUGUAUGAGAUCGCGUACGGACAUCUGGAGGAGGAUCAAGAGCAGGGUGCGGGUAUGAGUCUGAAUGAUCUGGACCGGAUACUGGAUUUCCAACUCGACCGACUUCAGAGAUUUGGAGACCGCGUUCCUGACGAGAUGAAGGGCCAGCUCCGUAGUAUGGUCAGCUCGUCGGGCAUAGUGCAUCGGCAAGCGCAUCUCGUGCAGUUCUUCGAUGCCUGGAAAGCAGGAGACUACACGUCUGCGUUUGACAACCUACACCGAUACUACGACUAUGCCAUGCAGACGCGAGAGAAAAUUCACUACCAGUAUGCGCUGCUACACAUGGCUAUCCUACAAGCCGACUUUGGCUGUUUUGGUGAAGCAAUUGCUACCAUCAAUGAGACAAUCGCCACAGCACGAGAGAAUCAGGACAUGACUUGCCUGAGCUUCAGUCUUAGCUGGCUGAAUCAUAUGGCAAAGGCCUACCCCAAACAGAUGAAGGGUGUUGGUUACAUGAGUAUGCUGGGAACUGAAAGGGAUGCGUUGACAUUUCUGAAAACCAAAGCCAAGGAGGCCAGAAUGUACAGUCUGCUCAGUGCAACUUUACUAAACGAGGCAAAGUUAUCUCUAACAAUGGGCGAUUCUAUACCCCGAGCACUAGAACACAUCUACCAGUCCUCACACCUUAACAUCAAGGAGAAUGUCAACAGUUACGGUAGUCAGAUGCUGCUGACAGCGACCCUUUAUCAGCGACUCGGCAUCCCGCAUCUCGCCAACAUCCAUUGUGAUCUUCUUCUCGAUUGUUACUCACACUCCUGUCCGAUCGAAGAACGUCUCCGUGCUAUUGGUCGCCGAGCUUUCGUCAUAAGCCAGAGCGGCCGCUAUGAUGAGGCCAUCAAGAUGCUCGAAGCUGUCGACCCCUCAGUGUACAAAUCACUAAAAUUCCAUCAAUUCCUGGUACUUUGCAUUGGUCUUAUCAAGCUCAGGAGAGCUAUCCGAAGAUCCGACUGGUCAACCGCUUCCCAUCUGCUUGAGACACUCAAGCCUUCAGCCACACCCUCCAUGCCCUCUCUCGACCCGGAACUCUCCUUUCUUCAACACGAAACCUAUAUCGACUACCUUAUUUCCACAUCGCAGUUUCCUCUCGCCUACCAAUGUAUUUCUUCACUUGCUCAAUCUCUCAAAGAAGACAACGCAGAUGUUCAGCAGCGUAUCUCGGUUCUUCUAAUGCAAGCAGAGCUGUGGAGAAGAGUGGGUAGACCAGAGAGGGGCUUCAGUGUAGCGCUCCGAGCGGCGAGUGUUAGUUUCAGGACACGACUUGCAAGCUCGCUGUGGACUGCGGUGGGAUGUCUAGGUGCAAUAUUGAAUACGUUGGGAGAGUAUCGAGAAGCGAAGAGAUUGAUCGAGGCUGUGUUGCCGCAGGCAUUGGAAGGCGCAGAUACUAUGCUUACAGGCACUCUCUAUUCACACCUAGCAGACUCGUGUAUGGGCCUUGGUAAUCCCGACGCGUCGCCGCCAACUUCUAAUACUGGAUCCCAACGCCCCUCGACACCCAAAGCAGGCGAGCAAGCAUCAAAUCGCACUUGUUCUGGCAAUAUUACCAAAGCGGAACUCUACGUCGAUCGGGCGACGGAAUGCUUCAAGAAAGCGGCAUAUUUGGACGGGGAGUGCGAUCAGUUGAUGAAAAAGGCGAUUAUUGCAAAGUUGAGGGGUGAUGAAAAAGUGGCAGAGGAAUGGGCUAUGAGACAUAACCUCGUUUGGGAUGAGGGUUAUGGAUCGCAAGAGAUGUGAGAUUGACUACCAGUAGAAUUUGUGUCACAGUCAACAAUGCAGACACAAAGGAAAUGUAUUGCUGGUCUACUCUCAGCUUGCGCUCGUUGUGCUAUAUACACAUCCAACCCCACACUUGGUCUAGAUGCUGGCUCGACUGUUUCUUGAUAUCAAUGUUUGAAAGCGUGCCGAGUAAGCGUUUA